AGCGAGUUGAGUGAGAUCUCCCCUGGUCUGUAAGAGCAAGCCCGUCGAUCAUUAUCGAAUCUCUAUCGGCAUCGAAUGUACCUCGACGCAGUCACUGCCACCCUGAGAUCUCUUGUCUGAGAGGAUAAUCGCAGACAAGCCAGCGAGAUCUGAGAUCUAACUUACUUUUUCGAACUCACUCUCUUGGUCUUAUACCGACGGUCCACGCCUGGGUCGACAAUCCGCUUGCUUGCCUUGCUUCCAUGGUUCCGUCUAACUAGUCCACAGGCUCCCUCUUAGGUAGACUACAACUGGACAACCACCAGCACCCUUCCUUUACUCGAGUGUCUGCCAACUUCUCCCACUUCUUUUCUCCUUCUUCUCUCCUUCUUAUUUUCGACAAACUUUCAGCUUGGCUGAAUCUCAAAUUUACCAACCACCCCCGUCACGUCAGAUUCCGACCCCGGUAUCUUGCGUGCGCCCUCUGCUUUUCCUGUCGGUCAGCUCAACGUGCGUUCCUGAGCACCGGGUCCGCCGUCACAUUAUCAAAGCCCAGCCCAGCCCAGCCAGGCCCUUAGCAGAGACAGCCCAGGCAGAGCAGACUUCUAGGAACCCAGAAGCAGACGACAGUAUCCGCUGUACAGUUUUGUACCGUACCGAACCGUACCGUACCUUACUGAACGUAAUCGCAUCCGCGGGAGACCCUCCAGCCCAGCCCAGCCCAGCCCAGCCGCCCACUCAACCACGGCCCAGUCCCCGUCUUGCCUUGCAACUCCCAUUCUUUCUCCCCAUCCCCGUACUGAAAGCGGAUCAACCCUCUUUGUGGCAUCGCUCCCGUGUCUUCGCAUUGCCUUCUCCUGGGUCCCCGUCUUUCGACAAAUCUACCAUUUCCUUUCUCAACGCCUCGAUUUGCGCUCUUUUGGGCCUCAUUUUCCCCAAGCCGUCCCGUGGUUUACCUCUAUCGACCUGUUCGCUGGUCCCGGCCUUUGGAAUCUCGUGACGUGCCACUCGCCCCAUCGUCGCCUUAUUCGCCCACGACCUCCUCUUCCCCCCGUCGGCCUUGCUCUCUCUCUUGUCCGCAUUCGCAGCGCGAAACCACACCACCAAAUAAUUAUCUCUUCCCCUCGCCGAUGCCUUGACGGUUCCUAUCGCCUCGACCCUUUACGAUUUCACAGCGGAGAACUCAAUAGUCACACUAUUGAUCUAUAUUCCCCUUGUCGUUUUUGGUUUCCGUCACGAUCACUAUCGCACCGUGCACCUGGUCCUGUCUCGUCGCGACACGCGAAAUACCUAUUAUAGACAUCCUCAGCCACUUCGAGUAUCCGACAAUCGUCUUUCGCGCACCCAUUCGCGUCGUCUGGCAAUCUCUCUUCAUUCUCAUCGUUCGACGUAUGCGAUAGUAUUUCAACGCGAUCGUCGAUAUCCACGCCGUGGAUAAUCGACCCGACUACUUAAUCAUGAUGGCAACAAGUAUGGGCCCAAAUUUUUCUGGGCAUCCUGCUGGCAUGGGGCAUCCAGGUGUCGCCGGCCACCCCAUGGGACCUGGUGGCAUGCCUCACAAUCCAGGUCAGCAAGGUGCUCCUGGGGGGAUGCCUCAUCAAUUCGGAGGACCUAUGGUCUCUGCUCCCGGAGCACAAGUAAACCCUGCCCUCAUGGGCGGUAUGCCGCCGGGUGCGAACCCAAAUGCUCAUGCUUUGCAGCACCUCAAUCCCACCGCGCAGCAGCAAAUGCUUCAGCAACAGCUCCAGCAACAACAUUUUGGUAAUCCGCAAGCGAUGGCUGCGAUGCGACAGCAGCAGCAACAUCUACUUCAGCAACAACAAGCGCGACAAAUGAUGGCUCAUCAAGCCUUCCAAAGCAACAUGCAGAGUGCCGGUAUGCCUAUCAACAUGGCGACUCAGUUUGGCCAACUCAACCCUCAGCAGCUCCAUCAACUCAGAAGAGGCCUGACUCCGGGAUCGCAUCCUCAAGCGAUUAUGGCCCAGCAGCUUGCUCUGCAACAUCAACAGCAGCAACAGCAGCAGCAGCAGCAACAGCAACAGCAGCAACAACAACAACAACAGGUUGCUCAUGCUCAGCAAAUGCAAGCUGGGCCUAAUCCAGGCCAACAGAUGCAGAUGAACGCUCAGAGCAUACAGGCUAUGCAGCAAAAUCAGCUCGCUCUUCAAAAUCAGAUGGUUAACCAGCAGGGCCAACAACCCCAGGGACAACCUCAGCCUCAACCUCAACCACAACAGCAGCAACAGCAGCCUGGCCAGCAACAGCCUCAGCACACCCCUCAGCAAUCAUCGCAGGCUGGCACACCCGCUCCCACUGGACCUCAAACACCAGCUCAAACGCCCAGCUCAACUCCCGCUCAGCCAUCCCAACUUCCACCUGGCCAGAGCCAACCCCAGGUGCCACAAACUCCUGCUCAACCACAAGCUCAACCACAGCCUCAGUCCCAGGCACAGUCACAACCGCAGCCACAAGCCCAGCCUCAGCAGCAUCAGAUGAGCGCCACAACCGCGCAGCAACUCGCAAUUCAAAGCCAAAUUCUCCAGCAGCGACGAGAUAGCAUGAAGGGCCAGUGUUUACUAAAGCUGAUGCAAUUCAGCGAACACUUGAGUGGCUUUCCCGGCUCAAAGGGACGAGAUGACCUCUCCUACUGGCACGGCUUUGUGAUGCGUUUCUUCUCACCAAAUGGUGUCUUUCGUCAUUCAUUACAUAUCACGGACGCCGAGGAUACGACCGAUAAGCAAUAUGAAAUCGCUUAUCCUGCCAUUGCUCGAUACUUUCACACGCAUUUCGGCAGUGGGGUGAAAAAUAUGCAGUUGAUCAUGGAUAAGGGUGUGACAGAUCGACCUCUUCCCGGCGAUUGUCACUGUAUCGAGAAUUCGAAGGCCAGUUUCGUUUAUUGGUUCGAGACUGGAUCUCACUUGGUCGCUAGUGGUACGCUCCGAGCGCAAUUCGACGCUGAACAAAAGAUCGAACUUUUCGAGUUCCUCACCACGGGUCACGACGAAUUCAUAUCACGGAAACAGGUCAUUGAUGCCGCGAAGCCCGCCCACAUGUGGAUGAAGGAAUGGCACAAAACUAACUCACAGGAUGGCAAAUCACCCGAAUUGUCUAAGAAGGGCAAGGGUCGACAGUUGAAGUCACCUCAAACCCAGCCACCAGAGGUCCUAGUUGACCUGCCGGACUCGGCUGUCAACAGCAAAGGUGUGACUGAAGCUGUCUUCCAGUUUCUUGAGAUUGUUGAAGUGAUGGGACAGAUGAACCCAUUGUUCCAAUUUUACCAUUCGAACCCCGGCCUAGGACCGUACCAAGCCCUCGAUCAGUAUGUCUCAACACAGAUCAACGGAGUUGCGCCCAAUAUGAACGGUCAACAAAUGCCCCCCGGGGCCCGCACACCGAGCUUUGGACAAUUUCCCAUAGGUGCAAGCCCAGCCGCGGCUCAUAUGAAUCUCCCUGGAUCACCACACAUGGGCAGCCCAGCACCCGGACACAUGCAAGCCCCCGGAAUGCAGAUGCAGCAAAGCCAGCAGGGCACUGGCUCUAGCGGCCCCAGUGCAAACACAUCCCCCGCCUCGAACAAGCGACGACGGCCAUCAGCAGUGAAAGAGGAGGAUGGGUCUGGAGCACCUACGCCUGCUGCCAAUGGAAUGCCACGUAAUGCCAAGCCACCUACACCAAGGAUGCCAAAGCGUCUCAAGGGAAACCCGCCAGCCCAGUAAGGGAUGGGCUGCUUCAUCAUCUCGCACAUCCAUAUAUUUGAGUGUUUUAUUCAGCAUUACUUUGCAUGGUGGCGUCACUUCGUGUUUGAUUUUGCCCUAGGCCUGUCUGCGGGAAAGAUAUUUGGUUGUGACAGGAUGAAGGCAUAGCGAAAGACGUGGAUUUCCGCGCACAUACAAUGUUGGCUAUGUUUGUCAAUGCAUAACAUCUGCUCCUGGGAGGCCCCUUCUUGGAGUCCACCUCUUCACGGUUCAGUCAUCUUUGUCUGGGCAGUGGAUUGGAGACACGGAUGACGAGACCCACGCAUGUUGCUGGACCAUGCACAUAAUGAUAGUAAACGACAUCGUCAUGGGCCUGUUUUCUGAGCAUCAAAGCCCACCAAUAGAGGGGAAGGGGGAGAUCAGGGGAUUAAUUUGGGUAACUUGGUUGAAGUUACCUACUCUUGUACUCUUGUACGACUACACAGGCCUGGGGCACUGGUUGGCGUCGAAAGUCUUUGCUACCCUUACUUGUUUUUGUCAUCUGCAUUUGCCUUUAUCUUGUUUGUUUAUCUGAAAAGGACGCUCAGCAAGUAACUAGGUGUAUAUGGUGGGGGGAGUCUGGAGACACUGGUGGAUUGGUCGAGCAUACUAUUGUCGUCAAUGGUCGUGUUAAUUAAGAGCUAAAGACCAAAAUCAUGAGGCAGAGGAGCUGAGGUUGUGCUGUACCGUGUUGCGUUGCGUUCCGUUGCGUUGCGUUGACUUAUGAGCAGUCUGAUGGCGCGAGGAUCAUGGGUUUGUUCAGAUUAUACCUAGGCUAAAUAUGGAGUUUGGUCUUUACGAUAUUAAUUUGAAUUGUCUUUCUGGCCAAGUCAUUGGUAUAUGUUAGUGUUGACGGUUAUGCUGCUUGAUGAGUGUCUAAUAAAGCAACGCUUGGGGCAGAGGUUUACUGUGUCACAUAGUGCAACCUCGAAACCGAUAUUGCACGAAGCAGAAG